CCAUCUCGCCAAUCGCAUCACUAUAAUUUGAAUUCUCUUUGGUUUUACUUUUUUUAUAUCAAUAUCACAGAGUGUACUUUGUAAAUUAAUAUUCUUUAUGGUAUUCUAUUGCUUCUUUGCUCUGUUUAUUGGUUUGUUCAAUGGCCUCUGUUUAUUUUGGAGAUUUUGGAAAUUUCUAAAAUUAUUAAUUAAAAAAUACCGAAGCAGUAGUUCUGUAGAUAAUUUUUGAAAAUGAAGUUUAGUGAGAGGGAAACUUAUCAAUUUGUGAAAGCAUAUUUUAGCCAAGAAGGUUUAUGGAAUACUAAACAUUUGGCGUACAAAUCGAAUGAGAGAAGAUUGAUUGCAUACAAAGCUGUAAUUGAAGAGUUUAAGAAGUCCACUGGGAUACAACUCACGCUCACUGAACUGAGAGUGAAAAUAAAGAAUCUAAAGUCGACAUAUUCACAGGAAUUGGAUAAAAUAAGGCGAAGGUCCAGUGCAGAGCAUACGUACAAGCCUGCAAUGAAAUGGUUCGCAGUUUGGGAUAAGUACAUCCAGGCUAAAAAAGUUGCUGCUAGUUUGGAUGAAUCAAACACAACUGAUGAGGAAAAUCAAAAAACAUGGCUCCCUGUAGAAGAUGACAACUCAGUUGACCCAUUUGAGUCAAACCAGAGCAAUGAUUUUGUCAUGCUCAUCAAACCGGAACCCAAGUCAAAACAAGAUGAAAAAAAUGCAUACAAAAGAACCAGAAAUACUUUAGAACACAGUACUAGUACAGAAAUGUCAGAUGUGACCACAGAAUACUUGAACACUGGAAAUUUAAUGAAAGACGAUGAGUUUGACAUUUAUGGCAAAUACAUAGCUUCACAGUUGAGAAGUAUGGAUAUAGAACGUGCACUAACUUUACAGAUAGAAAUACAAAGUCUAGUCAGCGGAGCUAGGCUAGCUGAUUUGAAUGAACGUAAUUCUAGUUAAGUAAAUAUCCCUUGAGGUAUUAUUUAGUAUGAUUUUAUUUAAAUUCAUUUGAAUUCAAACAUGACUAAUGUCUCUCCAUGCAUGAUUCUUGUGCUAGGACUCGCUAGAACUCCAUAAUCUUUGUCUAAGUUUCUCCUAAAUGAGGUAAAAUGUUUUUUUUAAAUAAAAUUGAAAGUACAA